AUGUCGCGCUAUGUGCUGGAGCAACUUUCUGAUUUGGGGGACUACACCGGCAAGAAUGAGCUGUACGAGAGUUUCAACAACAGCCUGGCAAACGUUCGCCUGAGCUCGGAUGGACGUCACGUUCAUGUCAUCCUCCACGAGCCCAAGGUUGGUCUUGUGACUCUGGACAAGUAUGAAAGACCUCAGCUGGUCCACGCUCAGAAAAAGCUGGACUUAUGCUCCACGCGAGACGUUUCCAUUGUGGAUAUUUUGUAUUUGGACAGUAAUAAUUGCGCCGACAGGGACUUUUUAACUGUGGCGGUGGUUUUUGAAAACGGUCAAGCUGAGUUUUGGAAGUUCCAGGAUUGCAAAGGCGGCUGGAGCCUCCUGCAAACAGCCGACUUGUGCAACAGUCCCCGAGCCAAAGUGGUGUCUGUGUGUGCCUGCCCUAAUCUAAUCAUUUGGUGUGAGGAGCGGCCCCCCUCGGAGAGCUCCCCGCUCCUCAGCCCUGCCAGGAAUAAACUGAGACAUUGUGUCUGCAGGAGGGACUUUGAGCUAAAGGAGGGGUCUGUCUUUUUAGGAGGGGUGAAAAUCACCCUUCACAACAACCCUCGAUUCAACGUUAUAACCUCGGGCCAAUACGUUUAUCUUCUUCCUGAUGCUAGAGUGAAACCGUUCAGCAAGUUCUUCCUCUCGUGGUGCCCUCGACAGGACUCCUUCCGGGUCAGUACGACGUGUAAAGGUGGCCCCUUGAAAAAGCAUUCCGCGAAAGACUCAGACUUUAGGAAGCUGAUCAAAGACUGUUUAGGGUUUCUGGCAGCUGCUAACCCACCUGAGAUCCUAAAUGUUUCUUCAUCGGAUUGUGGAGGUUUGCUGCUGCUUCUCAACACGGGCUGGGUAUGUCUCCUACAUAGCGAUGGCACGCUGAGACAUUUGCACAAGGUGGCGGAUAAGUGCCUGCUGAAAUCCGUUACACACACCAGCCUCCGCCUAUACCAGAACACUUUGGUGCUCAUCCUAGGACAAAAACUGCAUCUUAUAGACUCAAAAUGUGGCAGAGUGCUGGGGAAAAUCAUACUAAACCGAGAAGGGGUUUUAUUUGCUCUAAAAACUGACAAGUCACCCUACCUGUUCUCAGAAAGUGGACUUUUUAAAGUGGUGCGACAAGAAACUGACACAAAAGACCGAAAAACAACGUUGCCAUUUUUCACUACGACAGAUAACAUUGACCCUAGAGCCGUCCUGCUGGAAGCCGUGUUUGAGGAGGCUUGUAAAUAUUACCAGCAGAGGAGCUUGAGUAGUACCCAGCUCACUGUAGAUGCUUUGAAGAAAGAGGGGAGGUUCCAGGCUCCCAUUUCUUUGGCAGCCAUCCUCAAUGACUACCUGUGCUCAAAGACCAAGCAGAGAGCAGCUGAGCUGUCAUCAAAUGGAGAAAGCGGAGGCGAUGUAGGGGAAGACCAGCUAAAAGUCUCCCUGGUGCCCGAGUUGAAGGCCUUGGUGACUUUAGAGGAGCUAAAGGGGGCUCUCGUGAGGGGCGGCGCCAAAGAGGUGGAAGUACUUUGCGAAAAUCUCGUGGAGAAAGAAGUAGCCCGGCUGCUGUCGUCCUCCGAGCUGCAUCGGGACGACCUGCUUUAUCUCAACUCCAUCUUCUCGGUCUUCCCCUGCCAAUCGUGGAGGGCGGCCAAAGCUGCUCUUCAGCUCCGCUGCUCCGGAGAAGGCUCUCUGUCUAGCGAGGCACCUCCGGACGUGUGGAAAAGCGUCCUCGGUUCUGCGCCGAGCUUCCCGGUUUCCCUCACGCUUUCAAACGGCGGGUCAAGACGUGGGUACAGCCACACAGCGGAUCACAACGGUAACUGUACGUCCAAGUCACCGAGAUCUUCUGUCGCCCUGCCCGUCUUCGAACUCCUCUGCCAUUCGGUUUUACUCUUCCAGCCAGCUUGGCUGCCCCGCUUUCUGGAGCUGAGCCAGCAGCAGCAGGGCUCAGCUGGACUGGGCUUGAGCUUGGCUGCCUCAUCUUGGAGCUUAUCUGCCGGUAGAGCCGGCGACAGCGGCGGCGAGAGCAACGUACCCCUCUACAAGCGUGCCUUGAGCGUUCUUUCAACCACGGGAAAAGAUCAAGAGCGGCGGCGCGCGCUGGAGGUGGAGGUGUUAAUGGUCAGCGGGCGGCCCAACGCCAUCCUCCAGGCGCUGAGGAUCCUGAUUGGACAGCAGCAGUGGGAGAAGGUUAUCCAGGUGGCCCAAAAGUUCUGCAAGCAGAGUCCCUUGCUGAACAAGGAGAUUUUCACUACGCUGCUGUGUGAGGUGACUCAGCACAGAGAACUGGACCCUUAUCUGGACCUCCUGUGGGCUUUGUGUCCUGAGGACAUCACUGUCACCACCAUUUUGAAUAUGGUGCUAAAAAACCUCCCGUCACCACUUUCUGCUUCCUCCAGACCUGGCUAUACCACCACAGCUCCAUUCACUGACCCGCAGAGUGGUCAGGUGACCGUCGGCCUCCUCAAACCUUUGUUGCGAAAAGUUCUCCAGAGGGAGACCAAGCCCAACCGAUGCUACGCCGACAUCCUGGAAUCACCCUCCUUUCCCCCUCCUGCGCCACCCCGCCUGACAAGAGACCCAUCCAAAACCAGCGCAGACUCACCUCAGGAGAAUACCAUCCUUCCUGGUUCCAGCUGUUGA